UGUCCCUCCAUAACCUUCAAGGAAUGGGCAGUUCCACCAACGAAGCUAUAAGAAUCGCAUUAAUAAACAAAACUCGACUUGCUGUGUGAGAAAGUUGCACUCAAACCCAACAAACGACGACUUUCGUGACGUGAGCCACCCAAAGCAAAUUGGUAUCCUUGAAAAAUGCGAAGCACGCCGCGAUCUAUGUAUCUCAUCACCAUAUCAGUGUUGUUUAUCCCAAUCCCAGGUUCUUCUUGUAGAAAGUGAAACGGACGUCAGAACUCCCAACUUACUGCGCCACAACCCACCGACUUCCUGCCUGGAUUGCCUGGAAGGCGAGUUGCGAAAGUGAAACCCUUGUCGAAGGCAAGAUAGAAACUUGGCGCCGACGGCCUUUGUUUUUUUAGCCCCUCCGUCAUAUUUCCGGAAACGGCUUAGUGGUGAUGGAAAAAGGCUGUAGGCUGCUAUCAUUUCCCACUGAAACCCCUUCUGCAUGGAUGAAUGAUUCACAAUGCUGACAUGACGGUACAUGGUAGCUACUUUAUACCGCAUGAUUGGACAGGAAUGACGAGCACAGAAGAAACCUUGGCCGGGGGAAGUCCGGAGGAGCCGCCCAAGGAAGCCGAAGAAAACGAACUCCAAGAACUUCCUCGGAAGGACCAGACCCAAGCCCAGGGGCAGCAACAGGAGGAACAACAGGAACAACCACAACAGGAGGAACAACCACAAUCGCCAGGGCCAGAACAACCACAGCAACAGGAUCGAGAACAGAAACAACUGGAUCAGGAAAAGCAGCAAAAGGAUCAAGAACAGAAGCAACCGGAUCAGGAACUGAAACAGCAGGAUCAGGAAAAACAGCAACAGGGUCAAGAACAGGAGCAACAGGAUCAGGAAAAGCAGCAACAGGAUCAAGAACAGAAACAACAGGAUCAGGAAAAGCAGAAAGCAGAACAACAGGAUCAGGAACAGAAACAACCGGAUCAGGAAAAGCAGCAACAGGAUCAGGAACAGAAACAACCGGAUCAGGAAAAGCAGCAACAGGAUCAAGAACAGAAACAACCGGAUCAGGAAAAGCAGCAACAGCAAGAACAGAAACAACAGGAUCAGGACAAGAAGCAACCAGAUCAACCAGCAAAACAGCAGGAUCAAGAAAAGAAAAAGGAGCAAGAGAAGAAAAAGACUCCAGAAACGCAACAGCAAGAAAAGAAGCAACAACCACAUCAGGAUCAACAGCAGAAGCAAGAACAGCAGCCACAGCAAAAGGUGCAACAACAACAACAGCAACAGCAGCAGCAGCUUGAGGGUGAAACCAACGUGGCCAAAGCACCACCCAGGAAAAACCGAAAUGGGCCUUUUAUUCCGCCAACCGUUGAAGCCUUGGGAGGCAUAUCACAGAUGGUCGUCAAGAGCAUCCAUUGCAACUCGCAAAAGGGCGGCAAGUACCAGGUCCUGGGCGAGAACAAGAGCGUCCUCUUCCAGGUGAGAAGGGACUGGGAACCGAACGAAUACAAAUGCUUCAAGUUCCUGAAGCGGGUGCCCCUGCUGGCCUGCUGCAACAGGAACACCCAGCCCAUGAAAUUCUUCCUGAGAGAUCUCAUGAUGCAAGACGCCCUCGUCACGGAGGUCAACUUCGAAUCCCAGAUGUGCUGCUUCAACUCUUGGACGGCCGAAGUCACCUUACGCCCGGACAUCAAAAUGGGAUCGAUUACGAACGACGGGUCCUCCUGGAGAAGGCUCGUGCUGACCAACCCGGCGGGAGACAGACUCCUGACGGUGCAGAAGGAGCAGAGGUGCUGCGAUAAGCCAAAUUACACGGUGGGUUCAAUCUCGCAGGAUAAAACUCUUUCGGUAUGACAUUCUUAAAGGACCACAUAUCUGUGAUUUGAUUUGAUUUAUGUAGGUUUUUGGCAUCAUGCCAAGCACUGGGGCAACUAAGGCCAUUCAGCGCUGAAACGGAAAUUGACAGCAAAAGGUUUGAAAGGUGUAACAGGAGGAAAACCUCAAAGCAGUUGCACUAUGAAGCAAUUGUUAGCAGAGGGUGUAAGAUGGAAGAAAGAGAAUAUGAACGGAGGAACAGUGAAAGGAAUGAAAGUAGCUGCAGCUAGGGGCCGAAGGGACGCUGCAAAGAACCUUAAGUAAUGCCUACAUUGCACCGAAUGAGGUGCACUGACGGCACUACCCCCCUACGGGGACCACAUAUGUGAUACAUACGAACGGAAAGCCAUUUACACACAACAUACGCACAACUAUAUAUAUAAUAUUAUGUCUGUGUCAUAAUGUAACUGACAUUUGCAUGAAAGAAUACAACUCAUUUCUCUGGGAAGGUUUUAACUCGAAUGUAAGACUUUCCUGAGUUACGAGCGUUCACUAUUACCAGCAAGACUACAGGAGAACCUCUUUAUUUCUCCUCCACUCAAAUCAGUUCAUUGUUAAUGAUUUCAGACUUGCUCAAGACAUGAAAUUUGACUACCAUUCAACUGCUGGUUUCACUAACAUUCAUAAAUCAGGAGAAGUUAUUCACAAUUAUACAAAGGCAAAAAAUAUAAAUUAAUUUCUAUAAUUAUUAAAAUUAGAAGUAGGAGAACAUCAUUAGUAUUUCCAUAAUGAAGUUUUGAGAAUAUUUCUGUACAUGUUUUAUGUUUGUGUUUAAAUAUCUUUGUGUAAUAUUGAUAGGAUAACGAACAUAAUAGAUUUACACUAUAAGUAUGAACUUGAGAAUUCUUUUUAAUCUAUUAUUAUAUACACAAACAUAUGUGGACACUCACUUCUAUUCUUAAGAGCAUUAUGAACAUACGUUUGCAUAUUUACCAACAAUAAUAAUCGCUUGAUUAAUACAAUAACAUUUAUUUUGGCUGCGGAUUCUCUCCACACAAGAAACA